AUGCACUACGGACCCCACGCCUUCGCCAAGGACUACCGCUAUCCUACCAUUGAACCCAAAGCAGAACGGUGUCACCAUUGGUUCCUCUCUGGCCAGCUGGACGUGAAGGGACUGAACCUGCUGUACAAGUGCUCGGGUACAGGACCCACCCCUAAGCCUACUCCAGAACCCGAGGACUGUGUCAACAAGAACCAGUACUGUGCCUAUUGGGCUGCUUCAGGUUUCUGCUUCACCAACAACGCUUAUAUGAAGAUCAACUGCAAGAAGUCCUGUAAUUUCUGUGGAACGUCUGACUGUGAGGACCAGAACAGGUAUUGCUCCAGCUGGGCCAAAAAUGGACAGUGUCAACAGAAUCCUAAAUACAUGAGUUUGUUCUGCAAGAAAUCGUGCAACUUAUGCGGUGCUGCUAGUUCCUCAUGCGUCGAUCACAACAGCUACUGCCAGGACUGGUCGCGUCGUCAGGAGUGUAAGCGAAACCAAGCAUACAUGAGUCUUUACUGCUCCAAGUCCUGUGGCUCUUUGUAA